GACCAACUGAUCUAAAAGGACGAUGCUGAAACACGGUAGAGGGCGUGAGGCUUGUGGAACACUAAAACUAAAUUAAAAAUACAACUAGGCCAGCGGUGUGUUUCAACCAGAGAGCUUCUGCGGGUUGCCGAGUCUAAAUAAUCCCCCUGACCCCGGCCGGCUGUGAGACUGACAGACAGGAAGGCUUGGUCGUGGAAGCCGCUCCUUUGCUUGACUCCUUGGAGGAGGCGUCAUCAUGAGGCUCCUGCGCUUUCUGAGGAGCAGCGUGGCCAUUGGGAAGGACAUUGACUUUUAUUCCAGGUUUUCUCCUUCCCCGCUUUCGAUGAAGCAGUUUUUGGAUUUUGGUAAGAGCUGCACAGGCUCAGAAAACGCGUGUGAGAAAACGUCCUUCGCCUUCCUCAGACAGGAGCUGCCCGUGAGGCUGGCCAACAUCAUGAAGGAGAUCAACUUGUUGCCUGACAACCUGCUGGGGACUCCGUCAGUGCGGCUGGUCCAGAGCUGGUACAUGCAAAGCUUCCAGGAUAUCCUCCAGUUCAAGGACAGAAACGCGGACGACGAGAAAGUCACGUACGACUUCACAGACGCCGUGAUACGGAUCAGAAAUCGCCACAACGACGUGAUUCCCACCAUGGCCCAGGGGGUGGUGGAGUACAAGGAGACCUACGGCACCGACCCGGUGGUCAGCCAGAACGUGCAGUACUUUCUGGACCGUUUCUACAUGAGCAGGAUAUCCAUCAGGAUGCUGCUCAACCAGCACACCCUCCUGUUCGGUGGGAAGGUCAAGGUGAAUCCUGCGCACCCCAACCAGAUUGGCAGCAUCGAUCCACACUGUUGCGUCAGCGAGGUUAUCAGAGAUGCUUUUGAGAAUGCGAGAAACCUCUGUGACCGGUACUACAUGAACUCUCCGGAGCUGAUACUGGAGGAAUUCAACGCCAAAGACGAGGGGAAACCCGUCACCGUGGUCUAUGUCCCCUCUCAUCUGUAUCACAUGGUGUUUGAACUGUUCAAGAACGCCAUGCGGGCCACCAUGGAGCUACACGGCGAUGCGAUGGAGUACCCUCCCGUUCAUGCACAGGUUGCUUUGGGAUCUGAGGAUCUCACCGUCAAGGUGAGCGACCGCGGCGGCGGUGUGCCUCUUCGUAAGAUCGACCGAUUGUUCACCUACACGUACUCCACCGCUCCACGGCCUAGUAUCGAUGGCUCCCGAGCCGCUCCUCUGGCUGGAUACGGGUACGGCCUGCCCAUCUCUCGACUCUACGCCCGUUACUUCCAGGGCGACCUGAAGCUCUACUCUCUGGAGGGAUAUGGAACCGACGCGGUGAUCUACAUAAGGGCGCUGUCCACAGAGUCAAUCGAGAGGCUGCCCGUGUACAACAAGUCGGCCUGGAAGCACUACAAGACCAUCCACGAGGCCGACGACUGGUGCGUCCCCAGCAAGGAGCCCAAGGACAUGACCACGUUUCGCAGUUUCUGAAGCCAAAGAGUCGAUGUUUGUGCAGCUGUGUGUUUG